AGUAAACAGAUAAAUUCCAGCACUAUGUAGAUCGUUUUGAUGCUUACUUUUCUCAUCAUAACCACAAAUUACCAAUCCCUUUGAAAGAUAGAAUAUUAACACAUGGGUAGGGUAGAUAGCAUAAUAGUUAUGCAAAAAGAUUCUCAUGACUGACACUCCAAAGUUCCAGGUUCAAUCCACUGCACCACCACAAGCCAGAGCUAAGCAGUGUUCUGGUUAAAUAAACAAAAUGUUUUUUUUUAAAUACUGUCAUAUGUAUUGGGCAUGCAAUGCAGUACGCAAGUGUUCAAUUAAAUACACGCCAUGGUUCAUGCCAACUUUAAAAAAAAUGCUAUUGCAGUGGUUAUACACAAGGAAGUUUUGGGCUAAGACACACUGGCUAAACUUGAAUUUACCCGAACAAUUUUAUUUCGACUUCAUACCACUCUACUCCCCCCCCAAAAAAAAAAAAAAACACUAAGAAAAAAGUUUGCUUGAAUCUGGUCGCUAUCUUCCACUGCAGCUACCAGCUGUGGGGCGCCCGCGGAACCCCGGCGUAGACGCACAAUUGCUUCUGCCCAGCGGGGAGCUGCCGCCACCCCACGAACCAAGCGGAGACCCCUCCUCCCCCAGCCCCCAACCCCUCCCUCCUCCCCCCUCCCCUUCCCUCCUCCCUCCUCCCUAACCCUGGAGGAGCGCGCGAAGCCUGGGCGAGCUCGGCUGGGGCCGUUGAACUGAGUCGGACCGGACGCCAUGUCAGCCCAGGGAGUGAUAGUGCUGCUGUUGUGGCUGAGCUGCUGCGGCUCGGCCCUGUGGAGGUAUAAAAGUAACAGCCCACACUACAGCAUUUUUAGCACCAGAACUACUAUUUUAUUGGAGUAUGAAGGAACAACAUUUUCUGAAUGGAGUGUGCCAGAAGCUUGUUCUUUAAAAAACAAAAAGUCACCUAAAACAGAGCUGCGUUGUUCUUCACCUGGAAUUCAUGCUAUCAAACCAAUUGUGACAGGCCCAGAUGUAGAUGACGAACGCUUUUUGCUUGUGGACAGUUCUCAUAUCUGCUUUCACUGGUAUUACAAAUAUGUAGACCACUUUCACAAUUUAAGCCAGGCAGUCACAAUAUGGAUCUAUGAUCCAGAAAGUGCAGACCCUAAAGAGCUGGAAUGGAUUGCAGAUAAACCUUCACUAAAUUCCAAGAUACUUACCAAGCAAUUGGCCAUUUUGGGACAGAAACCUGUCAUUUAUACAUUUCUGAACAAAAAAUUAUUUUAUGCAGAAAAUGAAAUGAUAGAUGGGACCUGGCGUAUGAUUCUACCAAUGGCAGCAGAUGAUGUGCUAAAGGAGAUUAGAGGUACCCAGGUCACUUUUCAAGACUGCUUUAUUGCCGAUUUUCUCUUCAUGUUACCGAUUGCUUUCUUUACAAUGCCUGAGAUUCCUGGCGAUUUACCACUCACUGCACCACCUGGUAGUCAGAUAAUAGCAGACUGGAUUGAAUGUCUUCCUUCAUCUGGUAUUGUGGUAUCGGAAGUAGAGUCCUACCACACCAACAAUUCAUUUCGUACUUGGACCAGAAUCAGAGUGCCUCCAAACAUACUGGCAGAUGCUGAAAGACAAAAUGUGUCAAGUGUGGUCUUGUCAGAGGAUGGAAUAUUUUUUCUAAUAAAUGGAAUUCUUUACUUAAAAUCUUAUAGUUCUUUUGAAAAACUGGGAGCAGCUAAUAAUAUUCCAAAUGAAAUUAAGGGCAUUAUAUCAAGAAAAUGGUGUUUGAACAGAUUCUUACUCAAGUUUAAACCUAGUAGAAGCUCUCUAGCAAUCUGGACACGGGAUGAAGUUUAUCUUGGAUAUGAGAAACUUAAGUUUGUCAAAAUCUUCACAACUGCCGGUCUGCAAGCCACUCUACAAGUAUUACAAGCUACUGCCGUCUAUAUACACACUGUUGAGUAUACAGUACACCCUUUGGAAAUUGCCUUCUUUAUUGAGUAUCAUUUCAGUGCUACAAAAGACAAAAAGAUUUACCUUGCAUUAUACAAUGAAGAUUCAGAAGCAUUGAAGUGGCAACCCUUUUUAUUAACUGUCAGUGCUGAGACUGUGUUAACCUCAAGUUUUAUCUAUUCAGCAGUACCAGAAUUCUUAAUGUGGGACAAACAUAUGAUCUAUUAUUAUUAUGAAAAUUUUGCUUUUACUGGAAUUAUAGAGACAAGUUCAAAAAAUGUAAAUCUGUCAAAGGAAGCUGAGGACAGCACCAUUCAUGAUAUUUUUCUAGAUUAUUACGGUGAUAUAGUAGUGAAAAUGACAAACAAUAUAAUGUUUUAUUUCAGGGACAGUAGUACAGAUGCAAUAAAACUACACUUAUGGAUAAAUAAAAACACAAAAUCAAUAAUGUAUUUAAAUACAGUUGGUUAUGUUUGUUUGUUGUCUGUUUUUAAUGAUGGCACUACAAAUUCACAAGAAUACCCCUUAAAACUGGAAUUGGAGAGUGCAGUUUUCAAAUUAGCAGAAAAAUGCCCCUAUAUGGCAUUUCAGCAUAAUAUUUUUAAUCUUUUUUACUUUAUGGACAAGGGAAAGAGCCUGAUAUUUUGGGCUCAAAUAGUUUACCCAGAAAAUACUGGCCUACGUCUCCUUGUGGACUCUUAUGGCCCAAAUAUAUUUGAAAAGGAAUACAGUACUCACUAUGAAAUCGCUUCUGGAUACUGCACUAAAACCAUAGUAAUGAAUUUUUAUCACAAUAAAGACUAUGGAUAUUUAAACAACUACUACAAACAGCAACGUAAUACCAUGGGGCUUGUGUUGCUUCAUAUUAAGCCUAGUGAACAUGCAAAAUCAUGUCCAAAGUCCCUGAGGGUGUUCCAAAUAGCAGUUGGCUGUGAUCCUGCAAAAUACCUUUCUGUUAGGGGGUAUAAAAGAGAUGGAUGUCUUCAGCAUGAUUUUUAUUACAUUAUUAAAAAGGAAUACCUGAGAAAUAAAACAUCUACAAACUUGAGGGCAAAAUACAUGUGGGAUGAGUAUGGCUGCCCACUGAAAUUUAAUAUCAAAGAGAAUUUUCAGCCUAUACUUGAAUUGAACAAUGAAGAUGGGUUUCUUGAACAAGUCAAAGUAAACUUCAUACUGUGGGAAAUACAUGGCAGGAAUGAUUAUAGCUAUAAUUAUACUAUGGCACAGAGUGGUUGCUUAAAUGAAGCCCAGUCCUGGCAGUCUAUGACUGAGCAAAACCAGAACCUGUCAUUAGAUGAAGUCUGGGGCCCUGAGAACUAUAAGCCCUGUUUUUCUUACAUUUUUGGAAAACCAGGAAACUUACACCAACCAUAUGAAAUAAUAAACAGUAGUAACAAUAAUCACUUAGUGUGGCCCACAGACCACAUUGGGCUGUAUGUGUUUCGUGUGAAGAUCCUGGAUCCAAAUUACAGUUUCUGUAAUCUAUCAGUGAUAUUUGCAGUGGAGACUUAUGGUGUGUUUCCCAGUCCUAAUGCCUACAUGGUUGCUUCUGUGCUCUUUAUUAUAAUCCUACUGUUCUUCACUAUUCUGUUUUUGAGCUACUUCCACUAUAUGAUGAUUUAUAGAAAAUAUAUUUAUAACCCACCUCACAGGAACGAAAGAAAACAGAGUCAGUAAGAAAAAUAAAUGUUUAUUUAUUGUGAAUACAUACCCUUAUAUUGAGAUUGGGUUUGGCCCAGAAAUAAUUAGCUUAAACCCAUGGUGUCAUCAAAUUCAAGAUAUGAAAACUGUUCUUGAAUUAUCUGCAAAUGGAUAAAUGUUCAUAUAUGCUGUAUGUUAUGAAAUCAAUACUGAAUGUUUUUAUACUUAAGAUAUUCUGUAUAG